AUUGCGUAUAAAUGAAUAUUUAUCUGUUUGAUAAACAGAUGAGCCUUUCUGGGUGCUCCCAAUGAUAUUGAAUUCCUUUUUCAAGUUGAAUUUAGUUGAGUAGACCGUAGAGAUACGAAUAUGACGUGUUUUGCAUGGUUGAGCACCACUGGUUUUUAAAGAGAAACAAGAAGAGUCAAACACGUUCCGGUUCUCUCGUCUCGUUUCUCAAAUCACGCAUAUCAUCGAUACGACAAACCGGCGAUCGCUAAAUUUGUUAUUUUCAACGCCAAAGAAGGAAACCUUUUGCAAUCAGAGUUGUUUCCUCGUGGUUUUACGGUAACUGCGUUUUGUUUACAAUGGAAGAAUUGAUAAGACAUUUAGUUAAAGUCAACGUACCAGGGAAACACGACAGAAUAUACAAGGAUGAAUGUGUUUAUUCUUUCGACACUCCAGAUACCUCUACUGGUCUUUACGUCAAUUUAACCACGUUUUUGGGAUUAGGGCAAGAUCAUGUAGAACGUUAUUAUCAAUUAACCGAGAAUCCCGUGUUUCUACACAUCAAACGAAGAAGAAAAGAGAUCCCAUCUGAGCAUCUAGGAGAUGGGCCAGACAAGAAAAUUACAAGAUUAGCUAUAGGAACAUCUGAUGGAUUUAUACCGGAUCAACAAAAAUAUACAUACCAUGAAACUUAUCAAAUUGUUAUCCUACCACAUUUUAUAAGAAUACCUUAUCCAACAGAUAAUUUACCACAAAAAGUGGAUCAGGCAAUUAAAUUUAUAUUGGAGGCAGAGUCUGCUACAAAAGUAGCAGAAGUGGAAGCACUAUCUGGAACUUGGGAUGGAGAGAUAAAAGCAGUUUCAAAACAUGCAGCAAAUCUUAAACAGUUGGACAAUGGAAAGAAAAUACCCCCAAGUGGAUGGAAAUGCGAGGAAUGCGAUCUCACUCAAAAUCUAUGGCUUAAUCUAACUGAUGGCAGUAUUCUUUGCGGACGUAAAUUUUACGAUGGAACAGGAGGAAAUGAUCAUGCAGUUAAACAUUAUCGAAACACUGGUUAUCCAUUGGCUGUAAAAUUGGGAACUAUAACUAAAGAAGGAAAGGGAGAUGUGUUUUCAUACGAUGAAGAUGAUAUGGUCGAAGAUCCAAAUUUAAUAUUACAUUUAUCUCAUUGGGGUAUAAAUAUUACUCAAAUGGAAAAAACUGAUAAAUCCAUGGUGGAGCUUGAAUUGGAUCUCAAUCACAGAUUCGGUGAAUGGGUUGCACUUCAGGAGGCUGCAAGUAAAUUAACACCAAUGUAUGGACCUGGAUAUACAGGACUUGCUAAUUUGGGAAACUCUUGUUAUUUAAAUAGUACCAUGCAAAUGUUAUUUGUGAUUCCAGAUUUUAUUAAAAGAUUUGUGGAUGGUUCACCACAGAUAUUUCAUCAAAGUUACACUGAUCCAGCAAAUGAUUUUAAUGUUCAGAUGGCUAAACUUGGAAUUGGUUUGUUGUCUGGUAAAUAUUCAGUCCCACCAAACACGAACAAUGAAGAUGAAUCGCGUCAAGGUAUCCCUCCGCGAAUGUUCAAGACAUUAAUUGGCCGUGGACAUCCCGGAUUUUCAUCAAAUCGGCAACAAGAUGCGCAGGAAUUUUUCCUUCACCUAAUAAAUAUCAUUGAUCGUCACAGUCGUCACCAAAUGAAUCCUACUGAUUGUUUUAAAUUCAAAGUUGAGGAAAGGUACCAAUGCGGUCGUUCAAACAAAGUAAAGUACAACUAUCGUCCCGAGUAUCUAUUACCGCUUCCGAUACCUUUAGAAACAGCAUUAAAUAAGGAAGAAGUUGCAGCUUACGAGGCUUUAAAAAAGGAAACUGAAGCAAAAGGCCAGACAUUAGACUCGAACGCACUGGUCAGACCACGCAUAAAGCUCUCGUCUUGCCUGCAAACGUUUAUACGAUCUGAAAUAGUCGAACAAUUUUAUAGUUCAGCGCUGAAUGAAAAAACGACUGCACAAAAAACCACUAGACUUUCCAGUUUCCCAGAUUAUUUAUUAAUUCAUUUAAAAAAAUUCACGGUGAAAGAAGAUUGGACGCCUGUUAAGUUAGAUGUAGCGGUUGAAAUGCCAGACAUGUUGGAUUUAAGUUCUCUACGAGGCAGCGGUCUGCAACCCACGGAAGAAUUACUACCAGAAACAGCUGGUUCCGAACCUCCGCCAAUUGUUUACGAUACCGCAAUAUUGAAUCAGUUAACAGACAUAGGAUUUCCACCAGAAGCUUGUAAAAGAGCUCUAUAUUUCACGGAUAAUCGCGGUUUAGAAGUAGCCAGUAACUGGUUAAUGGAUCACAUCGGGGAUUCAGAUUUCGCCGAUCAGUUUGUACCUCCUGGAAUAGACGCGAAACCUGGAAAAGAUAAAUUUACACCAAACGAAGAUGCUGUAGCAGUGGUAGUGGGAAUGGGUUUCACCAGCGAACAAGCAGUAAAAGCUCUCAAGGCAACUGGUAACAAUUUGGAACGUGCGGCAGAUUGGAUUUUUAGUCAUCAAGCUGAAUUAGACGCUUUAGAAAUUGAGGAUGAGGCAGGACAUUCCGAAGAAAUAUUUAGAGACGGAAGUAAUCAAUAUAAAUUGGUGGGUUUUAUAUCGCACAUGGGAACAUCAACGAUGGUGGGACAUUACGUGUGUCAUCUUUUGAAAGAUGAACGAUGGGUGAUAUACAACGAUGAUAAAGUUGCAUUAUCGGAAAAUCCACCAAAAGAAUUAGGAUACAUAUAUCUAUAUCAACGCAUCGAUUAGAUUAUACAAUUGUUUUGUAUAAAAAAUGUAUUCUAUUACACUUUAACAAUAAAAAAUAUAACAGGCAGAUUUUCAUUUUACAA